UAAAUAAAUCGAAUCCUUGCCAAACUAGGGUUUGGUCUGACCCCAGUAUUAAUACACAUCUCUUACUCCAAUAUCCGCCUCUUUGAAAUUCGUCACCUCUCCUCAUUCCAACCAAAGUGAUUCGGCAACACUCCAAAUUCAGCCAUCAUGUUGGUUUAUCAAGAUCUGCUCACAGGUGACGAACUUCUAUCCGACUCGUUCCCAUACAAGGAGAUCGAGAACGGAGGUCUUUGGGAAGUCGAUGGCAAAUGGGUAGUUACCGGUUCCGUCGAUGUGGAUAUUGGCGCGAAUCCUUCUGCCGAAGGUGGGGGUGAAGAUGAAGGUGUUGACGAUCAGGCUGUCAAAGUUGUCGACAUCGUCGACACAUUUAGGCUCCAGGAGCAACCUCCUUUUGAUAAGAAGCAAUUUGUUGCGUACAUCAAGAAGUACAUCAAAUUGCUGUCGGCUAAAUUGGAAGGCGAGCAGCUUGAACAAUUCAAGAAGACCAUUGAAGGAGCAACCAAGUACUUGCUCGCCAAGAUCAAGGACCUCCAGUUUUUUGUGGGAGAGAGCAUGCAUGAUGAUAGCACCUUGGUUUUUGCUUACUACAAGGAAGGUGCGACCGAUCCUACAUUCUUGUACUUCCCCCAUGGCUUGAAGGAAAUCAAGUGUUGAGUUGCUCGAUGCUCGUUGCUCGAAAGGAAACUCCAACCUAUCUUUUUAUUGCUCUUUUCUUUUUUUCCUUUUAAUUUUGGGUCUUUAAAUUAAAUUAUUUAGUAAUUAAUAGCAGUGUUGUCUGAAUUGGUCCGUUGUUGGAAUUAUUUUUGGGAACUAUGAUUGUACUAUUGAGUUUUUUUUCCUUUUUUUUUUUAAUUUCCGGUAGUGAAAAGAUAUUGGUAGUGGGCAUCAUGGUGUGUUAGAUGCCCCAUCUUUUUAAUAUUGAAAGAUUCUUGUUUUUAA